UUCCAUUUCUGAAGUUAACCAACAUAAAACGAACAGUACCACAAAUUAUAUUCUGCUGCAUUUUGUCAAAUCUUACAAUCGAGUUCUCUUCAACGUCGACGAAAAUGAUUGGAAAGCCCAACUUUCUUCAACGAGGUUUCAUCCUUGUUUUGCUGACAUUUACAUGCAUGGCCUGUUUGGUCUCCUCAAGUGAGAUAGAGAAUCCCGCCUCCUGUUGUUCAGACGGACUAGGACUCAACUACACCAUACCAAUGUUCCAUGAAUGUAAGAAGGAACUCCAUCCCAAUGGUAGCAUGGUGCAGAAGAUUCCUAAGAUCAUUCCUUACACUGCUGAGGAAGCUGCCUGCCCAAGAAGGAAGAGCAAACUCGGGAUCCCACCGGGACACAGGGUGUGCAGAUUCCCAUAUUGUAUUAAAGAUCGCUGUAAGAACGGCUGGUGUGAGGAGACUAUGAAAGGCUACAAGUGUCACUGUUCUCGCGGGUAUAGAGGGAGUGACUGCUCUUCACAAUCAACUUCUUCACAGACUCCCCAUUGCCCGACAUCAACUUCUACAGCUGAAUCAACUUACACCCAGGACGACACGACAACAACUACUACUACUCUCUCUCCAACUGCCGCUAACUCUGGUAAGACAGCAUUCCUCUCUCAUUCUCUCUCAUGCAAUCUCCUUCCCUUUACUAAGAAAAGAACAAAAAUAACAUGA